GUCAUGGCUGAUGGCAGCACAUCUGUUUGUGUUCCUAGCAUUGGCUCUGAUGACAAGGAAGACAGAAGUUCAGCAUCAGCACUCCCAGAAGUUAACAAACCUAUCACUUAUGAUGAGCAUGUCCCCAGGUUCUUCAUCAUCUAUGCGGAUGGUUCUGGAACUGAGCUCCUGCGGAGCAGAGACGUACACGAGUAUCUUGCUGAAGCCUGUAGUGAUCCCACUGCCGCUGUCUUGCAGGAUCCUGUACAAGAAUGUCCAGCAAAAUGUGUCUUUGAACCAGGUGUUUUAAGUAUUACUAUCCUCCGCCCUUUGGCUGAAGACUCCCCCUGGGUAAUGAAGAAAGAACCAGAGAGUAUUGUUCCUCCAAAUCUUCAGUCAAGAACCCGGGAGACAUUUUCUCCUCUUGAGAGGAAGAUCACAGGUCCUUCAGUCAGAACACAUAUUUGGAGGGGUCUCCGCAUUGGAUCCAAAGAGCAGACAUGCUUCCCAGUACCUGUGCGAAAAUGUCCUAAUAAACUGCAAAUCCGUCAGCUAUUCCAGUAUAAGCCACUCAGUGAUGAACUAAGAGAAAAGCUGCAGCUGUCCCUUAAGGAAUAUAUAGACAACAUUUUAAAGCAGGAAAAUGAGCUGGAAGAGAUGAAUGUAAAAGAACCAAGAACAGAAGAGGAAAAGGAGAAUGCUGCAAGUCUCCUUGAACUGGUUACAUCCUUCCCUAACUGGGAGAAGUCAACUGAAAAUCUCAGUGAUACAGCUCACAUAACUGGGCUGUAUGAACAGGCAGUGUCUUCUCAUCGCCAGUGUCACACAGAGAAGACAAUCCCUACCCAAAGAGAGGACCAACAGCAGAAGUUCAGGAAAGAACUUGAUGAAGAAAAGAAGUCCUUAAUGGCAAUAAGAAACAAAAUAAUUCCUCCGUAUUUUGAAUCAGAAUUCGGAAAGGAGUUUGUCCUGAAAAAGUGUCCUGAUGUGGAAGCACUGUCUAUGGAACUUCCUCCAGUUCAAAAAAACCAAAGUGGGGAUUUCCCCCUAGAGAUGAUCAAAAAACCCAGCAGAGCAUCUGAAUGUCUCAAUACCACGAGUGAUUCCUCACCUUCACCUGGCCUUCUGCUGCAGGCUCAUUCCAAACAAAAUGAAGGUUCCAGCAGCACAACAGACCUAAACAAGGCUGCAAGAUCACAAGAGACACCCUUUCAACGUAAAGUUCAGAGUCUGCUGGUGAAUGUUGCAGGACAGCCAAGAACAGAAAAAGUGAAAUUACCGUCAUCCCUCCAAGGGAGACAACCAAACUCCAUACCAAAUAAAAAGAUAGAAGAUCCUGUUGCAGGAAAGGUCAACACAUCUUCUCUUGCAACAAGAAGACAGCAUCUUAGUGGCUUCCAUCUCAUUCCACCCAGAGUGACGCUUGGAGUGCUAAAGGAAGGCUGCACCUAUGCAGUCACUGUGAUCCUGAAGAAUGUUGGUGUGAACUUCUCAAGGUUUCGGGUGAAGCAACCACCUCCGCACACAGGGCUGAGAGUGAUGUACACACCAGGACCUGUGGCAGCAGGCUUGCAGGUUGAACUGGAAAUAGAGCUUUUUGCCAUGGUAAUUGGAGGGGAAGAUACUGGUGGCCUUGAAGAAAUUUCCCAUGAUAUUGAAAUAUUAACAGAAACAGAGACACUUCUCCUGCCUGUGAGAGCAACUGUGUUAACCAAUGACAUUUAUGAGUGCCGCCCACAAGGAUACCCCAAGGGUGGGAUGGCAGCAACAGUCCGGGCAGUUCCUACAAGCCCCAAGCCACGGUUCUGGAUUACACUACCCCGAAAGCUUUCUAGUUAA